GGCUGAUUUCAAUAGACGCGGGCUACUUGAACUGAGAAAGCAGUGCCUGGUGUAGCGCCAAGUUAUCGCAAGCGGGUAGUGGUGAUAGUAGAUCGGUCGGGCCUUGUGCACAGUGAGCGGAUCUGCAGGGAGGCCAGGCGGCACCGGGCUCACGGCCACACCGGAGAGGCUCUAUUAGCAGGCAGGGCCGGGGCCGCGCACACCGCAGCCUCUCACCCACCCCGGGCCGAGCCCUCCCCGAGCACCCGGUCACCGAGCGCCCUCUCCGGGGCUCACAUCGCGAUAUGGCCGAGCAUCUGCUGAGGCGGGAGAACCAGGAGAAUGUGCAGCCCGGGAAGCACGGCGUGGCCCAGUCCGCGGCCCCCAGAGGGCGGACCGUGCUCGGAGUGCUGCACGGAAACCAGCGAGGCCGGGUGCUGCCCAAAGUCACCAAGGGCAUGGGAGCACAGCCAGCACAGUUUCUUUCAGUACACAAUCCUCUGGGCAUAAACGAUGAAAACUAUGGCAAGAUCCCAGCUGCAAAAGCAGCUAGCAAACAGCCAACAUUCACUAUACACGUUGAUGAGCCAGACUGUGCCAAUCAGAAGAAACAGCCAGCUGCUAAAAAGCCAGUAUUGGAUGAAAAUCUGCGGAAACUAAACUCUGUAGUAAUAUCUCUUGGAACUAGACAACCCCUUGCGCCAAUCCAGCUUCCCAUGGAUUCCAGCUUUGAUUCUCCUAUGGAUAUGUCGGUUGUCGUUGAAGAGGAAAAAACUGAGAGUUGUAAUCCAGUUCCUGACUACAGAACUGAAAUUCAUACGUAUAUCCGAGAAAUGGAGAUAAAAUGUAAACCCAAAUCUGGCUACCUGAAUAAACAACCUGACAUUACUAGCAACAUGCGGGCCAUCCUUGUUGACUGGCUGGUGGAAGUUGGAGAAGAGUAUAAGUUGCAAAAUGAAACUUUGUAUCUGGCUGUAAACUACAUUGAUAGGUUUCUUUCGUCAAUGUCUGUACUCAGAGGGAAACUUCAACUGGUUGGCACUGCUGCUAUGCUUUUAGCUUCAAAAUUUGAAGAGAUCUAUCCUCCUGAAGUUGCAGAGUUCGUAUACAUUACAGAUGAUACAUACACUAAGAAACAAGUUCUAAAAAUGGAGCACUUGGUGCUGAAAGUGCUUUCCUUUGACCUUGCUGCUCCAACAAUUCUACAGUACCUCAACCAAUAUUUCCAAGCGCAUCCUGUAUCUCGCAAAACUGAAUGCUUGUGUAUGUACCUGGGAGAGCUCAGCUUGACAGAUGCAGAUCCUUUUCUCAGAUACUUGCCAUCAGUUACUGCUGCAGCAGCCUAUGUAAUUGCUAACUACACACUCAAUGAUGAAACUUGGUCUGAGUCGCUGGUCCAGCUAACAAACUAUUCCUUGGAGAGCCUCAAACCCUGUAUCAUGGAUCUCUACCAGGCCUACGUUUCUGCUGCAAACCACCAGCAGCAGGCUGUUCGUGAGAAAUACAAGCAUCAAAAGUGGUAUGGUGUAUCACUAACUGACCCUCCAGAGACACUGUCUAUAUUCUCAUAACUUCGCGGAAAGGACUGUUUUUAAUGUAUAGUAAUAAAAGUAAACCAUGUACAGUUAUUGCAAUAAUGAGAACUUUGUUUUUGUAACUCAAUCACUUUUUGGUAAAUUAUCCAAAUAACAGAAUUAUGAAACAAAGUUUAUUUUUAGUACUUUUAUAAUUUUUACGUUUUUGUAAAUUGUCUGUUUUAGAUAUGUGCUUUAAAUAUGUUUUUAUAAAAGCUGUUUGCAGACUGACUGGGCAGUUAGCAUUGUUUAUCUGGCUCUAUAUUUUACAAUAAAUAUUAACAGCAAAACAGAUGUGGAAUUUUAC